UAUAGUAUUAUGUCAUAUACUUAUGGAAGGGAUGGUGGGACGAAUUUUAAGCAUAAAUACCACAACUCUAGUCUCUAUAAUCAUCAGUUCAUUUCUGUACAGUCAUCAAAUAUUUUGACCAAAAACCAAAACAACACUAAAAUGGCCGCUAAGUUCGUCAUCUUCGCCGCUUGCGUGGCUACCGCCCUCGCCCAAUACUCUGCCCCAGCUUACAAGCCAGCGUACUCCGCGCCCGCUUACUCAGCACCAAAGGCUUACGCCCCAGAGCCCGCAUACGCACCAACACCAUACAACUUCGAAUACAGCGUAAACGACCCACACACCUACGACGUGCACAGCCAAUCCGAAUACAGUGACGGAAACGGUUACGUCAAGGGAUCCUACAGCCUCGUCGAAGCCGAUGGCUCAACCCGCACCGUCGAAUACACCGCCGAUGACCACAGCGGUUUCAACGCCGUCGUCAAGAACGAAGGUGGAUACAAGGCCCCAUCAUACUCCGCACCAGCCUACAAGCCAGCUUACUCAGCACCAGCUUACUCUGCACCAGCCUACGCUGCACCAGCAUACUCUGCACCAGCAUACUCUGCACCAGCAUACUCUGCACCAGCAUACUCUGCUCCGGCCUACAAGCCAGCUUACAAACCAGCAUACUAAAUUUUUUAGCCAUGUGAACCUACCCUUUUUCAUUUUUUAUUUCAUGUUUUCUUCGUGUACCUCUCUAAGCCAUCUUGUUCAUAUUGAACAGUGGUUUCAAAAUCAUACCAUGCCGUAUUUAUAUAUAAGACAAUUGGUACGAAUUAUGUAUUUAUUGUGUAAAUAUAUAUAACAUUGUGUAUAUUUAUUGAA